UGCGCUCUCUCGAUGUAAGUACAUUGCAAAGAAGAAAAACUUAACAAUUCGCCUUUUUUUCUAUUUCUGUGAGGAAAACCUGUGAUUUUAAAAGGACUACAAGAAUAUUUUAGUACUUCUGACACACACUCUCAAACUUCUUCAAGUUUGUGAUGCCCGCUGGGAUGUUUAGUAUCGACAGCAUCUUGGCAGGGAGACCCAGCUGCAAGGACUCGGUUCUGCUCCAUCGGAAUGCUCCGGUCGUAUUCUCCAAUUUGACGGAAUCCUUGUACACAGCAGCUGGUGAUUUUAAUGGACUCUAUUCUCACACGGCACCUCCGGCUCCUAAUUUACAAUCGAUGACUGGAACCAGGAUAGGCUAUAACAACUAUUAUUAUGGACAACUUCAUGUCCAGGGGCCGACUGGGCCAGCGUGCUGUGGCGCAAUACCAACCCUUGGUUCGCAGCAAUGCCCAUGCAUUCCAGGCUACGACGGCACCGGAUCAGUGCUUAUUUCUCCGGUCCCACAUCAAAUGAUGUCGUACAUGAACGUGGGAACAUUGUCCAGAACCGAACUGCAGCUACUCAACCAGUUACACUGUCGGCGCAAAAGACGACACCGAACCAUAUUUACAGAUGAGCAACUGGAGGCACUGGAGAACCUUUUCCAAGAAACCAAAUACCCUGACGUUGGCACCAGAGAACAAUUGGCACGGAAGGUGCAUCUACGUGAAGAGAAAGUGGAGGUUUGGUUCAAAAACAGACGAGCAAAAUGGAGAAGACAGAAAAGGUCGUCGUCAGAAGAAUCAGAAAACUCACAGAAGUGGAACAAAUCCACGAAAACACCCACAGAGAAAAUCGAGGAGUGCAAAAGCGACGUGGAAUCAGACAGCUGAUAUACAGACGACGAGACCUAAAAAUCUUGCACAAAUACAAUUCGGACUUUAUGUAAAUAUUGUAAAGUACCAUGUGAGUAGGAGUAAAAUGUGUUGUCAUGCCGUUGCACAGAUGUAUAGUAAAUGUUACUUUUAACAUUGAUAUUGUUAUUUAUAUUAAUUUAAAUUUACACAGACAAAAAUAUCAUGGAUUCUGGCCAUAUUAAUAUUAUCUGGUAUAUAUUGAAAACGUUUUAGUUAAAGUCUUGUCGUAACGAGAUAUACCCAAAUAAGAUGUUAUGAAAUGGGCUGUAACUGCAGACAUGUACGAUGGCAGGACGUUAAUAUUUUGACAUUGAUGAAAUCAACGUUUAAUGUCGCCUGAAAUCUAAAAAGAAC